CUCCCGGCCUCUCCGCGCCUGCUUCCCCCGCUUGCACCUGCCGCCGCCGCCGCCGCCAUGGACCUGGUGGGGGCCCUGGACGUGGGCGACCUGGCCGCCGCCUUCGCCCGCCUGCCCGUCUUCCCGGUCUUCGACCUGGGCUACUUCGUCGUCUCCAUCCUCUACCUCAAAUACGAGAAAGGUGCCGUGGAACUGUCCCGCCAGAGCCCCUUCGCUUCCUGGGUCUGCGCGAUGCUCUACUGUUUCGGCAGCUACAUCCUGGCCGACCUGCUCCUGGGAGAGGCCCCCGUCGACUACUUCAGCAACAACGCCAGCGUCCUCCUGGCCACGGCGGUCUGGUACUUGACUUUCUACUGCCCUCUGAACAUCUUCUACAAGUGCGUCAGCUUCCUGCCGGUCAAGCUGGUCUUUGUGGCGAUGAAGGAGGUGGUCAGGGUCCGCAAGAUCGCUGCCGGGGUCCACCACGCUCACCACCAGUACCACAACGGCUGGCUCGUCAUGGUCAUCGUCGGGUUCGUCAAAGGAUCUGGAGUCGCUCUCAUGUCCAACUUUGAGCAGCUGCUGCGAGGCAUCUGGAAACCGGAAACAAACGAGCUCUUGCACAUGACCUUCCCCUCCAAAGCCAGCCUGUACGGGGCGUUGCUUUUCACCCUGCAACAAGCUCACUGGCUGCCUGUCUCCAAAGCCACGCUCAUAUUUUUCUUCACCCUCUUCAUGAUCGUCUGUAAGGUCUUCAUGACGGCCACCCACUCCCACGGCUCGCCCUUCGCCCCCUUUGAAGGCGUUGUCUGCCCCAUCCUUUUCGGCUCCGUCCCCGCCGGGCACCACGACGACCACCACCACGGGGGCCACGAGCUGCCCCCUCCGCAGCCAUCCCAGCCGCCGGCCAAGUCGCGGGAGGAGCUGAACGAGGGCACGAGGAAGAGGAAGGCCAAGAAGGCCGAGUGAGCGCCACGCCCCCAC